GGCUCAGGUGUAAGAGGAGUGCAUCCCGUCGGCGCGCCGGGCUAGAGCGCUUGCAGGAGCCGGACCGCGAGACCCGCGCGCCGGCGCUCUGCGCGGUCCGAGGCGGCGGCCCCGCGGCGGCAGCGGCGGCAGCGGCCCCGCGGCGAGGCCAGGGCGAGCCGCCGCCGCAGCCCCGGCAGGGAGGCCGGGCGAGCCGGCGUGCGCACUUUGCCGCGGACUUUGCGAGUGUUUGUGGAUUUACAUGCCAAGCCGCCAAGAUGAUGUCCAUGAACAGCAAGCAGCCUCACUUUGCCAUGCAUCCCACCCUCCCUGAGCACAAGUACCCGUCGCUGCACUCCAGCUCCGAGGCCAUCCGGCGGGCCUGCCUGCCCACGCCGCCGCUGCAGAGCAACCUCUUCGCCAGCCUGGACGAGACGCUGCUGGCGCGGGCCGAGGCGCUGGCGGCCGUGGACAUCGCGGUGUCCCAGGGCAAGAGCCACCCUUUCAAGCCGGACGCCACGUACCACACGAUGAACAGCGUGCCCUGCACGUCCACGUCCACCGUGCCGCUGGCGCACCACCACCACCACCACCACCACCACCAGGCGCUCGAGCCCGGCGACCUGCUGGACCACAUCUCGUCGCCGUCGCUCGCGCUCAUGGCCGGCGCGGGGGGCGCGGGCGCGGCGGGCGGCGGCGGCGGCGCCCACGACGGCCCCGGGGGCGGCGGCGGCCCGGGGGGCGGCGGCGGCGGCCCGGGCGGCGGCGGCCCCGGGGGCGGCGGCGGCGGCGGCCCGGGCGGCGGCGGCGGCGCAGGCCCGGGCGGCGGGUUGCUGGGCGGCUCGGCGCACCCGCACCCGCACAUGCACGGCCUGGGCCACCUGUCGCACCCCGCGGCCGCGGCCGCCAUGAACAUGCCGUCCGGGCUGCCGCACCCCGGGCUGGUGGCGGCGGCCGCGCACCACGGCGCGGCGGCGGCGGCGGCGGCGGCGGCAGCCGGGCAGGUGGCGGCGGCGUCGGCGGCGGCGGCGGUGGUGGGCGCGGCGGGCCUGGCGUCCAUCUGCGACUCGGACACGGACCCGCGCGAGCUCGAGGCGUUCGCCGAGCGCUUCAAGCAGCGGCGUAUCAAGCUGGGCGUGACGCAGGCCGACGUGGGCUCGGCGCUGGCCAACCUCAAGAUCCCGGGCGUGGGCUCGCUCAGCCAGAGCACCAUCUGCAGGUUCGAGUCGCUCACGCUCUCGCACAACAACAUGAUCGCGCUCAAGCCCAUCCUGCAGGCGUGGCUGGAGGAGGCCGAGGGCGCGCAGCGUGAGAAAAUGAACAAGCCCGAGCUCUUCAACGGCGGCGAGAAGAAGCGCAAGCGGACUUCCAUCGCCGCGCCCGAGAAGCGCUCCCUCGAGGCCUAUUUUGCCGUACAGCCCCGGCCCUCGUCGGAGAAGAUCGCAGCCAUCGCUGAGAAACUGGACCUCAAAAAGAACGUGGUGCGGGUGUGGUUUUGCAACCAGAGACAGAAGCAGAAGCGGAUGAAAUUCUCGGCCACUUACUGAGAAGGGUGUGAGGUGCCGGGUGGGGCAGACUGGGGAACUGAGGGGUGCGUUUCUGGGGCUCACCCCUGGCCCUUUCCCCCUCGUUUAGAGCAUCCUUUAUCCUGCCUGCAUUUGGGGAGUCCCUUUACAUGCCCUUUCCUCAGCCCCAUUCUGCACCCUGCCCCGACAGUCCCCCAGCCUAGAAAACAGGGGUGCUGGGUGUGGAGAAAGGUUGGGUAGGCAGGAGAGAAUGGGGGGCAUUUGGGAGAGCAGGGCGUGGGGGGAAGAAAGCAAAGAGUGGAGCCAGGGGUUUUGAGGAGCAGGAUGGUUCUGGGGACUAGGGUGGGGGGGAGAGGUCGGGGGAGAACUGGGGGUGGACCAUUUUCUUGACCAGAGACACCAAGAUCAUGUGGGGACCAAGGAACUAUGUAAAAAGAUGAAACUACCAACCACCACCAAAAAGAAAAGAAAAAGAAAAAAAAAAAAAAAAAAAAACAAGACAUAAAACCCUACACAAAUAAAGAGGUGGGGGAGACAAAGAUGCUUUAGGAAUUUAACUGCAGGGAACGGUAUUCCCCUAGGAGGAGAAAACAGCAAUACCACUGCUUCCACCGCCCAACCUCGCACACACAAGUGAGUCCUAAAUGAAAACCAAACUGGAGCAUGAACUUCUGGGUAGGAAGCUAGCUGUUCUGUGUUUAAUUUUCCCUUCUGAAAUCCCACAUCCUCCCAUCCAUACCCUCUUUGGUUUACUCCCUCUUCCAAAGAGACUCCAAGGCUCUGCUUCAGCCCAGGUGCUGGAGCCUAGGCUUCCUGGCCCUUCGCAAGGAAUCUUUACAUUCCAGAAGCCCAAGGGCCACACUCCUGUGGCCUAGUCUUGGUCAGGUGAGGGUCUUUAGGCACAAGAGUCCAAAACACAGAAAUAAGGUUCUCUGAAGUAAAUACUUUAUUCUGGGAUAAUUAAAUGAUUAUAACAACUACAGUAAGAGUUUCACAUCUCCGUAAACAGAGUUCACGUCUACGUAAACAGAUUUUCUGGAAAUAAUAUUUUCCCUCCCAACCCUACUUACAUAGCUUUCCCUUAGCUUGCCCUUUGUUUUUCAGUCCGGAUUCAUUCUAUCUUUCUGCCACUUCUUGUUACUAAUUCAAAUUGAAUGCUAGGGUGAAAGAUCUUGGGGGGGGGGGAGAAACUUCCUUCCAUUUUGGGCUUUCCCCACUGAAGAAGACUCACCUUAUUCUUCUAGGUCCCCCUUUCUCUCUCUCUUGGAGAACAUGAAGUUGCUGAAAAGCUGGGAAGUUUCUGCUUUCUUUUGAGGGCAGAGUGGGCUCUAAGAAAAAAACCACCUAAAAUCCCAGAAGAGAGGAAGACAUUUAAAGAUUUAAAGGCCCUCCCUCACCUUGUUUGUUUCAAAUAGGUCUGCACUUACCUGGGGAAAGCAGGACAGUUGUUUCCUUAUUGUUGUUAUUGUUGUUGUUGUUCAAGGAUCAUUUAUUACUGGGGAUAAAUGUUGAGUCUCAAAAACUUUGAUUUGCACUAUGAGUUUCCAAAAUAGAAAAUCGUGUAUGGUAUUUCAUACUAAUAAUCCAAGCUGCUGAUGGAUUUAAAAAAAAAAAAAACAAAAACAAAAAAACGAGAAAGACAGUUGAAGGUAGUUGGGUGAAAUGCCUGCAUUGUGUACAAGAUGCUAUUUGGAUCUCACAUGGAGAUGAUUUGUUAUUAUCAUUUAACCAUAACUAAAGAUGGAAACAGAACAGACGAGGGGGGGGGAACACUACUGUUAACAGGACUGAAAUCAUGCAUGAUUUGAAAGGUGCAGAAAGAAAUACAAUUAGGUCUCACUCUGGUUAGGUGUUGUUUAUUUAAUUAUGUUGUAUAUCAUUGUUUGCAGCACAAAACAUUCUAUGCAUUUGAAACUGAGCACUAAACCGGGCUGGCUUUCUGGUAGACCGUUUUGUGGAUAGUGUGAUUUCACAGUUUCCUGCCUGUUUCCACUGAAAACACAGCAUUAUUGUAAAUAUUUUCUUUCAUGCACAGGCUCACACAAACUGCCAGUGUUAAUCCUGAACGUCUCACGGACUGGUCCUCCUGUCCAUGUUGUGUCUGCGGAGCUUUAUCCUUGGUUAUGUCUUUGCUCUAUUGCCCUAUCCCCCCCCCCAUCAGAACCAUUUCUGUGCGCCA